AAAAGUUGAACGCUGGAGGCAGCUGGAGGGGCAAUUGAACCUGAUGAAGAGCUAGUGCUUUCAUUGUCAACUUCAACUUUAAGUUGUGCCAGUUGGUGGUGGUUGCUUUGCUUCUCUGGCUUCGCCCUGGGCCUCGGGGACAGCUCGUGAAGAUCUUUGGAUCAAAGCGAGUGCGUCAAGCCAGCCAACUCCCCGUUGCUUAGUUUCUUCCUGAGCAACGGAAUGACCAUGGGGCCCAACCCUUUUGAAGAGCUGGCAGAAAAGUUCAGGGAGCUCCAACAAGGAGCUGGAGAACACUUAGGCAAGCUGCGGCAAGCUGCGGAGGCACUGGCAGCAAACUUUGAUCCGAAGAAACGGGAGCAGAAGCGGCGAGAAGCAGCAGCUGAAAGCAGUAGCCAGCAGUUUGGAAGGCAAAGCUCAAACGGCCAUUCUGUAAUUCAUAGAAGGGGACACGUGCAGGGGCCAAAGAAGGUCCACCCAAUUGCUGCCGUUUCGGUUACAGAGAAGAAACACACUAGCAAGGUCAUUGCCAAGCAGCAAUUGGUGCAAGACAGCUUUCGGGGCGGCAAGCUCAACGCAGUGAAUUCCGCAGCGCUGGUCGUUGAAAAAGAUGAGCCAAUCGCUGAGGCUCCUGCAUCGGCUGCAGUCCAUGCUCGCGAAGAACUAGGCCGGUCCACAUGGACUAUGUUGCACAUGUUGGCAGCUCAGUACCCUGAGCAACCAACGAAGCAGCAGCAGAAGGACGUUAAGACCCUGAUGGAAUUGAUGACAAGAAUAUAUCCGUGCAAGAUGUGUGCGGACCACUUUAAGGAGGUGCUGAAGGCACAUCCUGUCCAGGCAGACUCGGGCUUCGAACUAGCCCAAUGGAUGUGCCAAGUCCAUAACGUGGUGAACAGAAGCCUCAACAAGCCGUUGUUCCCUUGUCAACGGGUGGAUGCUCGGUGGGGGGCAUUGAAUUGUGAUGAGGAUGCUUGCAGCUUAGAAGACCGCUCAAUAAAAUAGAGGUCAAUACUUUCUACGGACAAGGGCAAUCAUAGCAGAUGUCAGAGAUCAGCGGUUUAAUGAGCUGGACGGCAUGAAUCCCCAGGUAACUUUUCAAGAUUCAAUCUUGCAUUCUUCGAAGGUGAGCUCUUAGCGGAGCUUUGGGCAUGGCCAGCCUCUAAGCCCCUGGGAAGUGGUAGAGCGGAAGCGCUAUCUUCCCGGAUCUGUAAAGUGAAUGGCUGAUUAAGUGCGAUUCUUCUUUCAGAAUUCUGGUAAACGUAUUGCCCAGAUUAAGCCGUGAAGGUACUGGUAUAGCUGCUGUCUCAUGGUCAUAUUGACCACUAUUGUAUGGGGCCUUUUAAGCGGCCAAAUUCUUAGAACAGGGCGGCUUGAACGAACUUAUUCACAAGUCAUAUUCUAAUCGGUAGAGCUAAAAGCGAGUAUCUUCGAGUAUUUGUAAUGAUCGUUUUUGC